UAUUAAAUGUAUCGCUAAAAAAUAAAAAAACUAAAAUUGUAUUAUUUACAAAAAAUAAAUUAAUUAAUUAGGAUAGAUAAUUUCAAAUUAAUAUUAGAAGUAUAAUAAGCAUUGUACCGUAAAUUCAUACUCAGUACUUUAUUAAAAUCAUUUAAAGUGAUGAUUCUAUGAAAUGAUGAAGUCUAAAAGUUCUAAUGUAAAAAUGCACUAUACAAUACUUUUAAAAUGAAUUUUGAUUACCUGAGACGGUACCAAGGCAUGAUACUAUUCAGUAUAUUAUUCUUCUAUAUUGGUUGUGGAAUUACCUUGAGUUUGGUCAAAAUAGAUUGUGCAACAAAUCCUGUUACUUUUGAGAAAAGAUCUGAUGACUCUUUGGACAAAAUUGAAUAUGCAGUGCUCAUACUAAGCAGUCCUGAUAAUGAGAUGAAGAGAGAUGCUAUACGCACAACAUGGGCUAGUUUUAUAAACAAUAUAUUUGUUGAGAACGGUGAAAAGUUGUACAGAUGGAACUACACUUGGGCAGGAAAAAGUUUAAAACUUGGCAUUAUACAACCUUACUUUGCUAUAGGAACUAAAAAUCUAGACAAGAAGAAGCUAAUGAAACUACAUUUAGAGGACAGUAGGAGCAAAGACAUGUUACUUUUAGAUAAUUUUGAAGAUGGAUAUAAAAAGUUGUCUUCCAAGAUGAUCCAUUCUUUGGAGUGGCUAAGUAAGAAUUUAAAGAAUAUGAAGUAUGUAAUAAAAUGUGAUGAUGACUCGUUUGUGAGAAUUGAUCUAAUUGUUAGAGAUCUUGAAGCCUAUGCUCCAGAUAUGAGUGGGAAAGCUAUCAACAAUUUUAUCACCCGUAAGGAAAGUCUGCCCCAAUAUAAAGGACUGUAUUGGGGAUAUUUCAAUGGACGAGCGCCAGUAUUUAAGUCAGGCAAAUGGCAGGAGGCAGCCUGGUUUCUUUGUGACACUUACCUACCAUAUGCACUGGGUGGUGGAUAUGUGAUCUCCCGCAGCAUUGUUGACUAUGUUGCUAGAAACUCUGAUUUCUUAAGUGUCUACAACUCUGAAGAUGUGUCAAUGGGUGUAUGGACCGCUGCUCUCGACGCCAUCAAUAGAGUUCACGACACAAGAUUCGACACAGAGUGGGUAUCGCGCGGCUGCGACGACAGUAUGCUGGUGCGACAUAAACAGACGCCCAGCGACAUGUUCCACAUGUACACAACGUUGGUUAGUUCGCACGGAACUAAACUGUGUAAGACUGAUUAUGUUUUAAGAAAAUUUUAUAACUACAACUGGAAUGUCUUGCCGAGUGCGUGCUGUAAAAAGAAAUCUGAGCCUGUAGUGUGAAGCAAGCUUAAGUGUUUGUUCGAAACUUCUAGUGCUAAUCUAAGGAAUGACCAGUUGAAACUUAAGGGCUUGCACUUUGCAGCGGAUUGUCUAUUAUGACAGCCACUGAGGAUCAACUAAUCUCACAUGCCUGCAGCGCUAACGACUUGAUGUCCGAUAAAACUGAUUGUGUGUUGGUCGCAAUGAGUAUGAUGUCAUGCACAUCGCGACCAACACACGAUACUUGAUUAUCAGUGGCUGAGAUUACAUGUCUGAACUACAAAUCGGUAUUGUUUUAUAUUUAAAAAAGGGCUUUAGAGCCUUGUUGGCCCUAUUUUUUACAACAUAUCAUUAUUAUGAGUUCCUCAUUCAUGCUUGGAAUGUGUUGAUAUUUUUAUGUCAUAAUUUCCAAUAUACUGUAUUUAAUUUAUUUAUCAUGUUGAGGAUAGAAGAAAAUUAAUAAAACAAUUUAAUAACAGAAAUUGACUUAUUAUUUUCCAGUGUAAACAGUCACAAAACAAAGUUUAACCAUGUCGUAAGUUACAUUGAAGUCGUAAGUUAGUUCUAAAAGGACAAAAUCACAAAGAUUAUAAAUUGAUAGAAAACAUUGAAAUUUAAAAUUUUCAUGUCUGAAUUUGCAAUACAAAACUUGCGUUGUAUAUCCUCAGUGAUUCGGAUAUUAAACGUGUAGAUAUGUGUUAUCCAAUAGAACCACACUACACGCUUUUAAGUAUAGGUUCAUCGACAGAUACAAGUUUUUUUACUGUAUAAAAAUGAUUCUCUGAGUCAUUUUUCAGUUGAAUUAAUAAAUAAAUGUAUUAAUAUAAAUAUACAGUCAAACUAACAACAAAUGAAAAAACAAACUAAGUAUGUAGUUAAAAGUUUGUACCGUGUUUAAUAAUUGAAAAUAUUAACGCAGGGCUUUAUUAUUUUAAACACUCAAAUUUAACAAUUCUUUCGCUUUCAAAAAAAAUAAUGUUUUUAAAAACCCUUGCAACCUGCAAAAAAAUUACUAUCUAAUCCUAUAAACGAGCAAAAAAGAUCAUGAAUUUUUAUAAGUCAAAACAUACAUAAACAAAAAAAUGUCAACUAAAAAUUACACGACUAUAAAAGCAAUACUUUUUACAAAGGAAGUCUCUUUCCACAAAUUUUUAAAAUAUUGUGUCUAGUUUAUUAAUCAUACCAAAUUUAAUCAUAUAUUACCAUCGAUCUCCUAUUAAAAA